AUGGACAAGAUAGAGGUCGACAUUUGGAAGCAGGACAUGUCCUGGUUCGACAAGUACUUCAAGGGUAUUUGUUGGAAGCGCAACACUCCCCAGCGCGUCCUCCGCGGUAUGUCCAUCGAGCGCGGCGUCAUCCAGCAUCUCCUUAUGCCUACCGCCCACGAAAAGGACAGCAACCCCUGGCCCGAAACACAAGUCGUCGGCAUAGAAAUCUCUCGUGAAUCCGAUCACGAUCACAACUCCGCUAUCGGUAUCCUCUACGAUAGCGCCGACAGAGUCUUCCAGUCUCAGCCUACCCGCCUUUUCCUUCACGGCUUCUACCUAUGCGGAGAUGAGCUAGAGCUUUGGCUCUUCGAUCGCGUGCGCCUUUACCGGUCGGGAAUCGUCCACAACGUUCCAUUCGAACAGUUCGAACACGACUUCAUGAAAAUGAACGAUGCACAGCUUGGACUCAACCCGAUGAUCUUCCAUACCAGCGAAAAGUCCCAAUAUGUUGUUGUCAAGGGUGACGAGGUGGAAACAUGCGACGACAAGGUUGAGCCCAACUCGACAUACAAGCUUUGGCUGGACAAGGAACCCAUCACACGCCCUCAGGUCAUCGUCAGUGAUGGACCUACUGUCUACCGAGCAACAAACGACAAAGGCGACGAGGUCAUUGUCAAAUUCUCUCUCCGCGACGAGUCAAGCCGAAAGGAGGAGAUGUUUAUGAAGCGAGUUACUGAACUCAACAUUUGGGGCGUCAACCAGCUCAUCGCCCAACGACGCCUGGAAACAAACAAGUAUCUGACAGCAUGUGUCGUCAUCUCUCCAGUCGGCCGUCCCGUUUCCAACUACCGAAGUGUCUUUGAAUUGAUUUCCUGCCUUCGAGAUGCCAUCAAGGCACACCGGGCGCUGUACUUUGACGCCGAAAUCAUCCACAGGGAUAUUUGCCCGGGAAACUUCAUGAUCAACAAAUCACCUGGAGCUCAAAAAGGCCAGCCUUGCGGGUUUCUCAUUGAUCUCGACAGUGGCAGGGAUCUACGGGUUCCAUUGGAAGGCCCCGUUCCCGACAUGAUUGGAACAAAGGCUUUUAUGGCCAUCGAUGUUGCGCGCCACGAUGAGGAUUUCAUCGCGCACACCUACCGACAUGAUCUAGAGUCGUUCUUCUACUGCUUCAUGUGGCUCGCUAUCGCUGAGCAUGGAGAUGUUUCCCCCGACAGCCGAAUCUUCCCCUGGAACAAAGAUAACACCGGCUGUGUUAGAAGCGCCAACCAGAAGAUCCAAGAUAUUUCUGACAAAGAGAGGUUCUCAGCCAUUGUUUCAGAGUUUGCACCAGCCUUCAAGGGUACUGAAGAGUUGGCAUAUGCUCUGCGCAAGAUAUUGUUCUUUCCAGACGAUGGACCCUUUUUUCUGGGGACGAAGUCAAGUGUAGAGGAAACAAAUCAAUUGUACGAUGCGGUAAUUGAUGCCUUGGACCAGGCGGUAUCACGCAUGACUUGA